GCUGACUCCGACCAUCAUCUAGUGUUUUGGACAUAUACUAUGGGCCCCAUGCGCCCGGACUCUGCAAGUCCCCCUAUCACAGCCCGUGCUAGAGGGGCGAAUAUAGACACGAAUUCUCUCAGGACAGAUUCAGACUUUCAGCAGAGCGACUCAUCUGAGUCAUCAUCUAACACGAAAGUCGCACUUGGUAAAUCCCCCAAAUCAAAGUCAAAGCCACUUUUUCCCAAAAAAACUCUGCGUACUGGCCACAUCACCCCAGUACCCCAUUGGCGAGCUCCCGACCCAGGGCACUACCUCCCGGCGCAGUAUCCCCCCCCGCUGCAGUCGCCUCGCUCGAGAUCCCCCCCUCUCCCCGAUUCUUCCUCGCAACUCGUGGGCCAAGCACAAGCCCCACGGGAACCCAGUGCCACGUUGACCAGUAAUGCGUCCAGCGCAACAACUCCGCCUCCUGCGCUUCACAACAGUACUGCAUUACCGCCACGGCUGGAGUCAUGGAACCCGAGCCCAGAGUUGCACAAUUCUACUUUUUUGCUACCCAACCACACUCGUGACAUAUCCGAAAGUGGUGAAGAGCUCGAGUUCUUCGAUUCAUAUGGUGAUGUAGAUGCAUCCAUGGAGUUCGCGGGUCCGUACUCCUCUGGUUCAGUGUCGCCUGCCUUAAUUCCUGCACCGAAUCUUCAUUGGCAAUUGCUUUCGUACCAUCCAGCUCAACCUAACCUAUCCGUUCACUUCGACAUCGCUUUUCCAACCCACGACAUCGAGUACAUGCAGGACUCCUCUUACAGGAUCCAACGGAUGCCCCUGUCUGAUGCCGAUCUCGACAAGCCGGCUGCGAACAAGGAACUGACCGAUAUGACCAUCAAAUUCCAGCACAAUCCCUUACAAUGGGAUAUCUGCGUGAAGCGUGAUAAAGGCAUUCGCGUUCGUGAUGUUUUCGAAGCGAUAUAUUCAGCUUUCGACAAACCGCUCACACCCCACGAGAAGAGCUUGAUACCACACCACCUCCAUGCGGGGUAUGAGGAGGCAUUUAGGCUUCGCUGCAACCUCGCGCCGGUGCUUCCAUUCAUGCAAGAAAACCAAGGUUGGAAGCGCGUAGAUGUACUUCUGUACGAGACCAUCUUCUGCGGCUUGGCUCAGUCGAAGCGAGGAGAUUGGACAUUAAAUCUCAGCGGGACGAUGUCCAAAACCAUUGACAGGAGGCGUCUCAUAUCGGAUCACAUUGCAGCUGAUUCAACUGUACGUCACCGACCGAGGCGGGGUUUACUGUGGGAUCAUGGUCAUAUUUUUGAACUUGGACCUACCCCAUCAUAUUCACCUCCAACCCUGCCAGUAUUAGAACUUCCUGGUGAAUACCUGCCGUCGUACCCCAACCAAAAUUCAAAUGCGCUACCAAGUUACUCCAAUAACGAUUUGUUCAAUCUACCUCUUUCUGCUACCUUUGUGCCUAGAGCAGUUAUAGACAGUGAUAUAGUGCUCCCCUCGCAAGGUGCCUGCAGGAUCUGUAAUUUCGUACGGUUCAAUGCAAUCCUCAAACAUGGGACGUUGUGCACUCUACUGAACAAUAUUCCCCCAUUGAUUACGGAACCCUCGACUCAAGACUAUACUUGGGCCUUCUUUUGUAGAUUUGUCCCCCUCGGUGCUUUGUUUGACUCGCCUUGUCGAGGACCUCUACCGAUGAUUCAACUGGGCAGUGAUCGUGCUCGCCUCGUUGAAGGGCUCGAAGCGGACUUCGUCGAGCACCCUAGUAAUGUCAAUGCUAUGUCAUGGCUUCACGGACCUUCCGGUACAGGAAAAUCUGUCAUUGCAUACAAUCUUGCUAGUCGUUGCAAACAGAAGAAUAGAUUGGCAGGCAGCUUUUUUUUCUCUCGCAGGCACGCAAAUUGCAGAAGCGCACGUUCUCUCGUGCUCGCGCUUGCGUAUCAACUUGGGCUGUCUCAUCCGCAGGCGAAGGAAAAAAUAAUCAAAGCCCUGGACAACGAUCCUAGUAUAGUUUCCCCUUCUCGAGAUUUGCGCGAGCAAUUUGCUCGGCUUCUUAUUGAACCUCUAGAGGCAGUUGUCUGGCGCUCUCCUUCGAAUCUGUUCGUUGUCGAUGCUGUAGAUCAAUGUCAAGACCAAGUGCACGAACUCAUUUCACUUCUUACUCGACUUCUCUCCCAUAUGAUGGAUGUGGGCCUUCGCAUCUUCUUCACAAGCCGUGACCAUGUAGGAGUCUUGAUCAAGCGUCAUCACUCUCCAAUGAGAUCGGACAUUGCUCUGGACCGUACUGUCAUUACUAGGGACGUUAGAUUAUUCUUUCGCCAAUCUUUCGAUAAGAUACACAAACGUCACCGUCUUCAGUGUCGCAAGCCGUGGCCACCGGAAGAGGUGCUCGGCCGUCUAGUGGAUAGAGUGGGACCCUACUUUAUUACAGGAUCUAUCAUCGUAAAAUUUGUUGGAAGCCUUGACCAUGACCCCACAGAUAGGAUGGAUCUCGUUGACUGUAUUCCUUUCGACCCCUCAUCGCCUCCAGAGUCAUCAAUGGAUGGCUUCUACAAAUCCAUCAUAUCCACAGCCGACGACUUGGAGCAAGCAUACCUUCAUCUCACGAUCGUUGUGAAUCUUGCUGGCAUGCUGUCGUUUUCGCAACUAGAUGACCUUCUGAAUCGAGGGUCCAACCAAAAGUUUGACAUACGCUCCGCGUUGUCCCAAUUGUCACCCCUGGUCCACAUUCCGGAUGGUCAUGACAGCGCUGUGCAAGUCUGUCACGAAUCCCUUUACGAUUUCCUGUCCAAUUCUCUGCGCUGCGGAAAGCAGUUCAUUUCACAAGCCGUGGUUCAUCGUCUGCUAGCCUACUCUUCAUUGAGUAUCAUGAUGAAGGAGUUACCGGAUGACAGUCCUCUCUGUUCCCGUUUAUCCCAGCUAACAACAGAAAGCAGCCCCGUGUCGCUAAAUACCUUUGACAAUGCGGACGUUCUAGCAUUCGCAAUAUAUUCACCGCCAGUGCCUCUACCGUUUUUAUCCUUGCUCUGGCACAUCACGCAACGUCAGAAUACGGGACUUCAGGCCGAUUUUCGCACAGCUCUAGCUUUGCGAUAUUUUUGCUGUACUUGGCAAAUUUUGCAGCACCUCGACUUGUCCACGGUUGAUGCCCUACCUGCUUUCCGCUUCCUAGUGAACUUUCGGUCCCUGCCUCUACUCCUUGCAUUUCCAAUAUUUCUGGCAUUUGAAACUCCCAGAAGUGGCCAAACUUCGAGUCCAUCGACUCAGGAGCAAGAACUUCAUAUGGAAAUGUUGCAUGCAGUGGCCGAAAUCGUGAACGACGUGCAUGCCCUCAAGGAUCGGUGCAGAUCGGAUUCGGGUGCACUUGAUUAUGCUUGCACUCAUUGGGUGUAUCAUCUUUCUCUGGCAGAGUGGGAUGACGACCUCCGCUCUAUCUUGACGGCCUUUAUGGGACAGAAGCUCCAGCAGUGGCUCGUGAAAGCAUGGUGUCUCCAGGAUUUUGAGACCUGCCUUCGAACAUUGUGCGAACUUCAAGAGCUUUACUCGACCGCGAAUACGAAGGCUGAGCAUGAGGCUGAAAAAGUUGGUUCGGCGAGGCGGAGUACAAAAGAAGUCGUAAAUGGUGUUAAUGCUGAGGCUGAACAAGCUGAGGUGGCUAGACACAGUAUAACAGAGACGGCAGAGGAUGUUCAGAAAAUUUCUAACAUCGGCGCUAGUUCAAGUUGAUUAUCUGGGCUUGGAUGCCGAGAUUGCCAGUUUAGGGUCUGGAAGCUUUCCCUUUGCUCAGAGUUGUGAAGACGACACUGGUCAUUUCUAUGUCUCACAAUUUGAUGUGGUGGAAUCA